GAGCAGGCUUCUGAGUGUGAGAGGAAGACCUGAAGCGCGCCGCUGUUUUUAUUAGCGCGCUCCGGCUGUACUGUGUGGUUUAUUAAACUGCUGUGUCUAAAGGGGGCUGUUUCGGUUCUCCACAUUUUAGCGUUUUGUUAGCUUACGUUGAUCUAGAAUAUUACUUAGCUUGGUAUCAAGUUUGUCAGCUAUCUAACCUAGCAUAGCAUUUUAGCUAGCUAGUGCUGGUCGAAGUUUUUUUAAGCAGUUAGCUAAACUCUUGCUGUAUGUUAUUUAACCUAGCUAACGUUAGCGGGAUAAAAAACAAAUACAAACAUGCAGGAACUAAUUGCCAGCGUUGAUCACAUAAAGUUUGAUCUGGAAAUUGCUGUUGAACAGCAGUUAGGCGCUCAACCGCUGCCGUUUCCAGGAAUGGAUAAGUCAGGCGCUGCUGUGUGUGAGUUUUUCAUGAGGGCUGCUUGUAUGAAAGGUGGGAUGUGUCCUUUUAGGCACAUUAGUGGAGAAAAGACCGUCGUGUGUAAACACUGGCUUCGGGGUUUGUGCAAGAAAGGAGACCAGUGCGAAUUUUUGCACGAGUAUGACAUGACAAAGAUGCCAGAGUGCUAUUUCUACUCCAAAUUCGGAGAAUGCAGUAAUAAAGAAUGCCCCUUCUUGCACAUCGACCCAGAAUCUAAGAUCAAAGACUGUCCAUGGUAUGACAGGGGAUUUUGCAAGCAUGGUCCGGAUUGCCGCCACAGACACACAAGAAGGGUCAUCUGUGUUAAUUAUCUUGUCGGCUUCUGUCCUGAGGGCAAGUCAUGCAAAUUUAUGCAUCCACGGUUUGAGCUGCCUAUGGGUGCAACUGAACAGCCACCACUACCUCAGCAAGCUCAGACUCAGCAGAAGCAAAACAUACAGAACAUGAACAGAUCAUCGUUAUCACUGAUCCAGUUAACAAACACCAACUCUAAUGUCAACAUCAAUCAAAAAAUGCCACAUGUUCUUGGGACGAUGCAGACUCAGAACAACAUGGGUGGCCCCCGUGGCCCUCGUCCCCUGGACCAAGUUACAUGUUAUAAGUGUGGUGAGAAGGGGCAUUAUGCAAACAAAUGCACAAAAGGACACCUGGCCUUCCUAAGUGGACAGUAGUAUUCAUUUGCAUCUGCUGGAAUUUCCUCUCACAAGGUGUAUGAGAACUGGUACAUAAGCCUUUUAUUUGAAAGGCUGUAGUGGGUUCUGCCAGGCACACGUCCUGAGUAGUCCUCCGAGAUGGUAAAUCAGGUUCUCUGCCAAUGUCAUUUCAACAGGUAGAAUUAAAAAUAAUUAAUGCCUGCCUGAGCUGAUAUAAAAAAAAGAAUAAAAGAAAUCCUUCACAUGACUAAGUUCAAAGUUUUGUAUUGGGAUAACACCCAUUUGAGAGUGGGAUACUAGUUUUACAAGCACCCAGUGAAAUAUGUUUGCAGAUUGAAAGAAAUUCUGGGGGCUGUAGGAAGCACAUUCCUCACUGAGCAGUUCAUAUUGAUAUGUAAGACUUUUUUCUAUUGUAAAUACAGUGUGAUUUCAGGCUUAUUCUUUUUAAAAAACUGGAAACUCAUUAUGUUUAUCAAUAGGAUGUACUGGGUGGAGUACAUGUCUAAGUUGUGGCUACAUGGCACUGGCCUUUUGGUACAUUGUUGAGAAUUGGAUCAUUUGUAGGCACUCAAAUUCAAGUUGUUUGUGAAUAUUUCUAAUCUUUGAAAUGGACAGUUUUUUUGAUGUCCAGGUAGGUUAGAGGGAUGGAAGUGGAUUCAAGUGUUGUGUAAAUACAUUUUGUACUUGCUGGUAAAUAAAAAUGGCCAUUCAAGAACUA